AGUUCAAUUACACAAGUAUACCCUAACAACUGAAUUUGUUAAAUAUGUAGAACAAUAAGUAUUACACUGAUCUCACUGCCCUUUGGAAAAGGUUUCAUCGCAUACUAUUUGCUUUGACAGCAUUUCAGUUUACUUCACAAUCGAUCAGGCCGGUCGCACGCCUACAAAUUGCAAUCCUAGUACAACCUAAAAUUCCUCAAAAUGGGUCUUGUGGACAAGUUUCUUAAUUGCAUUGACCUAAAGUACGGUGUCAUUAUAGUUGGGUUCGUGGAUAUAAUCUUGAGUAUGCUUUGCGGAAUGUAUUUGCCAUGGAUACGGCGUAAAGGCUAUUACGAUCAACGAAUCCUUACCGAAGCGCCAGUUACCUUCAGAUUCCUUUCGUGGCAUGAGUAUAGAUUCUAUACGGGGGUUGACUUUUACUUCAAUAGAUUCGGCUAUGCGAUGUAUAUAUUCUGUUUGGUUGUACUCAUUCUCCAUAUUGGCGCCUGUAUACUUAUCAUAACUUCCGCACUUUCGGAGCAAAAAUGGAUGUCUGCUCCCUACAUAGCCACUGCCCUAAUGCGCUUCGUUGUGUUACUCCUUAUUCUGACUUGGAUAGUUGCCAAGUCGUUUGACUGUACCACGAGUUUUUGGAUGAUAGGUCUAAGUCUGUUUUCAGCUACUUACUUUUGGCUAACCGUGGUUUCGUGGUAUAGCCCGCCGAACGUAGAAUAAAAUUAUUAACCGGAGUUAUUUAAAAUUAUAAGUAUUUACCCCACUGUAAAUCCUACAAGGCAGAAAAUUAAAUGGCUGCUCCCUAAAUUGUCACUGUCGCCAAGCGGUUCGAUGUGCUGCUCCUUACUUUGACCAAUCGUUUGAUUUCGCCACCAGUCUUUAGUUGACUGGUUACAGUACUCCCUCUAGCAUUUGGUUAUCCCUACUUUUGUGACGCAGCCGGCUGAUCGAAAACUGUAAUAAUCGGACGUUUUAAAAUUGUCCAGUACCCCUUC